CGUCAACGUAUAUCUAAAUUUAUUUUGAUAUUUUUAAUGACAGAAACUACAAAACAAGAUCUUAAUGCUUUAAUCAAGAAAUAUGACGAAUUUAUUACAAACAAAUUAAAGCCUUCCUUAAAAAGUGAGCUUGAUGAACGUGAUGCGAUCUUCAAUACCAUAUCUGAAUAUGAAAAACUUAAAGUACAAAUUGAGACUAUUGAACAAAAUGAUCUAAAGGAUUUAAAAACUAUGGUUGAUCUAGGAUCACAAUUCUAUGUUCAAGCACAUAUACCGGAUACAAAAUAUAUAUAUGUCAAUGUUGGAUUUGGAUUUCAUGUUCAAUUUACUUUAAAGGAAGCUAAAGAAUUCAUUGAAAAGAAGGAAGAACAUUUACAAAGAUUAGCAGAUAAACAUACGGCUGAAGCAGAUAAAAUUAGAGCACAUAUAAAAAUGGCAUUGGAGGCUAUAUCUGAGAUCUUGAUGAAUCAACAAUAACAUGUUUCUGAAAACACGAGUUUUUUAUUUUUAUUUAGAAGAAUUAAAUUGUACAUCUUUUGCCAAAAUAUUUAAAUAUCGC